AUGUCUGAACCCUCCGGCAUCGACUGGAACACUGGCGAUAAGUCGGCAAUGGUUUCGAUUGGCAGCCACAAACUCUAUCUAUCUGCCUCGGGCCAGGACCGCAAACCCGGCCAACCAAUCAUCCUCUUGAUGCAAGGUAUGGCGAGCACGAUUGAUGAAUGGGUUCUCGUCAAGCGCCUCGUUUCUCCAUUUGCGCGCUGGGUUGAGUAUGACCGUUCUGGCCUGGGCAGGAGUGAAGAUCCCAUUGAAACGCGUGAAGAAAUCAGCGCUGCAUCUGUUGCGGCAGAUUUGAACGUUCUCCUCAAAACCGCUGGGGUCGCUCCUCCUUAUGUUAUUGUGGCCCAUUCGUGGGGAGGACUCACUUCUCGGGAAUUCAUUCAUUUGCAGGAGAAACAUGUUGCCGGUAUCGUGUUUGUUGAUGCUGUUACCGAGUUCAGCAAAGUCCGUGAGGAGCUAGUAUCUGCAGAGCCGUAUCUUCCAGCGUUACACAAGGACGUCGACUUUCUUCCCAUUUCAUCUCUCAGGCGGGACUUGAAACUAUCCCCUGAAGAAUGGGCAGCUGUUCAGAAGCAGGAUGAUAGCGCCAGAACGUCAGUCGUCGGGGCUGCCGAACUAAAGGCAUCCUGGGGAGACAAGCCGGUGCUGAUGGCAAAGAAGCAAGGCGAAAAUCAAGUCCUCGGAAACAGACCUGUGAGUGUUCUCGCGGCAAAUAAUGCGAUGGAUCUCCAGACACGGUUUGAUGCUGGUGUUGCUGCUGGAAACGGUACUGAAAAAGAGAGAGCACAGUAUAGAGUGUUAAUAGACAGGAUGUCAAAGGAAGAUAUCGACCAUCAGAAGGAGCAGUUAAAGUUAUCAAGUGUAGGAAGAUAUACAUUUACAGAGACAAACGGUCAUAAUGUUCAGAUGACAGACCCACAGCUAAUAGUAGACGAGAUUAGGUGGGUUUUAGAUCAUGUUGUUGCAUAG